CGCUGCCAGACUCCAGCUGGUCCUUGGUUGGCAUUCCGACCUAAAAUCCCGCCCGCUCCCGUGGACCACUCAUGGACCGCUUGAGCCAGUUUCCUGUUAUCUACAAAACCUCUCCACCCGGCCGUAUUUUUUUCCCUCUUUUUCCACGUCCAUCCCUCUGCUGAAGAAAAAGCCCGUCCUAGUUUGGGGAGCCCGUCUUUCCAUUCUUUUUUUCUUCUCUUAGUUUGUCCUUUUGCGCAACUCUCCCCUCUUGUUAUUAUUCAUCCCCUGCUCUCUGAGCUGAAAGUUAAUAUGUUGGCCUCCCGUCAGCUCUUGGGCGUUGCCCGGAGCCGUGCCGCCGCUGGCCUCGGCCGCCGGGCCAUGGCUACCGCCACUGAGAACCCUCUCGACCGCAAGGUCAAGCAGAACCUUCUUGAGGAGGGUAACUUCAUCAACUACAAGAAGAUGUCCGAGAACCUCGCCGUUGUCCGCAGCCGUCUCAACCGCCCCCUUACCUACGCUGAGAAGAUCCUCUACUCUCACUUGGACAACCCCCAUGAGCAGGACAUUGAGCGCGGUACCUCUUACCUCCGCCUCCGCCCCGAUCGCGUUGCCUGCCAGGAUGCCACCGCCCAGAUGGCCAUCCUCCAGUUCAUGUCCGCUGGCAUGCCCUCCGUUGCCAACCCCACCACCGUCCACUGCGACCACUUGAUUGAGGCCCAGGUUGGUGGUGAGAAGGAUCUCGAGCGCGCUGUCAACAUCAACAAGGAGGUCUACGACUUCCUUGCCACCGCCUGCGCCAAGUACAACAUUGGUUUCUGGAAGCCCGGCUCUGGUAUCAUCCACCAGAUCAUCCUCGAGAACUACGCUUUCCCCGGUGGUCUCCUCAUCGGCACUGACUCCCACACCCCCAACGCCGCCGGUCUCGGUAUGGCCGCCAUUGGUGUCGGUGGUGCCGAUGCCGUCGAUGUCAUGGCCAACCUCCCCUGGGAGCUCAAGGCCCCCAAGGUCAUUGGUGUCAAGCUCACCGGUGCUCUUAACGGCUGGACUACCCCCAAGGACGUCAUCCUCAAGCUCGCUGGUAUCCUCACUGUCAAGGGUGGUACUGGCUCUAUUGUCGAGUACUACGGCGAAGGAGCUUCUUCCAUGUCAGCCACUGGCAAGGCGACAUGUGGCAAUAUGGGUGCUGAGAUUGGUGCCACUACCUCCGUCUUCCCCUACGACAAGGCCAUGUUCGACUACUUGGUCGCCACCAAGCGUUCCGACAUCGCUGAGUUCGCCAAGACUUACCAGAAGGAGCUCCAGGCCGAUGAGGGUGCUGAGUACGACCAGCACAUCGAGAUCAACCUCAACGAGCUCGAGCCUCACAUCAACGGUCCCUUCACUCCCGAUCUUGCCACCCCCAUCUCCAAGUUCGCCCAGGCCGCCAAGGACAACAACUGGCCCGAGGAGCUCAAGGUCGGUCUUAUCGGCUCUUGCACCAACUCCUCUUACGAGGACAUGACCCGCGCUGCCUCCAUCGCCCGCGAUGCCCUCGACCACGGCAUCAAGGCCAAGGCUGCUUUCGUCGUCACCCCCGGUUCUGAGCAGAUUCGCGCCACCAUUGCCCGCGACGGCCAGCUCCAGACCUUCGAGGAGUUCGGCGGCACCGUUCUCGCCAACGCCUGCGGUCCUUGCAUUGGUCAGUGGGAUCGCCGCGACACUCCCAAGGGCACCCCCAACUCCAUCCUCAGCUCCUACAACCGUAACUUCACUGGCCGUAACGAUGGCAACCCCGCCACCCACUCCUUCGUUACCUCCCCCGAUCUCGUCGUCGCCAUGUCCAUUGCCGGCUCUCUCUACUUCAACCCCUUGACCGACAGCCUCAAGGACAAGGACGGCAAGGAGUUCAAGCUCCAGGCCCCCACUGGUGCUGGUCUCCCCGACCGUGGCUACGACCCUGGCCAGAACACCUACCAGGCCCCUCCUGCCGACCGCGCCACUGUCCAGGUCCAGGUCUCCCCCACCUCUGACCGUCUCCAGGUCCUCUCUCCCUUCAACGCUUGGGACGGCAAGGACGCCACCGACAUGCCCAUCCUCAUCAAGGCCCAGGGCAAGACCACCACUGACCACAUCUCCAUGGCCGGUCCCUGGCUCAAGUACCGUGGUCACCUUGACAACAUCUCCAACAACAUGUUGAUCGGUGCCAUCAACGCCGCCAACGGUGAGGCCAACAAGGUCCAGAACUUCACCACCGGCGAGUGGGAUGCUGUCCCCGCUGUUGCCCGUGACUACAAGGCCAAGGGCAUCCGCUGGGUCGUUGUCGGUGACUGGAACUACGGUGAGGGCUCUUCUCGUGAGCACGCCGCUCUCGAGCCCCGUCACCUUGGCGGUCUCGCCAUCAUCACCCGCUCCUUCGCUCGUAUCCACGAGACCAACCUGAAGAAGCAGGGUAUGCUUCCCCUCACCUUCGCCGACCCCGCCGACUAUGACAAGAUCAGCCCCGAGGACAAGGUCGACAUCCUCUGCACUGAGCUCGCCGUUGGCAAGCCCAUCACCAUGCGUGUCCACCCCAAGAACGGCAAGGACUUCGAGAUCAAGCUCAACCACACCUUCAACGAGGCCCAGAUUGAGUGGUUCAAGAACGGCUCUGCCCUCAACACCAUGGCCAAGAACGCCAAGAACUAAGCAGUAAAAUAUCCAUAAAAAUAAUAAAAAUGAGAAUGACAAGAGGGACGAGUAAGGACGGGACUCUAUAAGGGAAAGUCGGGAUGGACGGGCGGCUUUCAGGGAUUUUUAACUCGGAUCGGCGUAAUACGCAGACAUCGCGCUUUUUCUUGUUUGUAUGUACAAAGUCAUGGCCCUUGCGUUUCAAUUGAUUUCUGUGAAAUUCCCAAAAGCUUUUCAUCGUCUCUGUACCCGCGUGAAUGAUGCUUGAAGUCGUCCGUUUAUAGUUGCGUAGUUGUCUAUCAAGCUUCAGCUCGUACCCCGGCCGCCGGUAGUCCUUCAAACCUCGACACAACGUGACGUGGAUAUGACCCGAACUGCCAUAUAACUGAUCGCGAACGAUGUCGUCCGUG